AUGACUGAGGAGGAAGAGAGUGAUGAUGAUGUUCAUAAAGACAAUGAUAAUGAAGAUGUCAUUGAGGAUGUCAAUGACAUUGGGAAUACUGAUGGUGAUGCUGGUACAGGUACUGCUACAAGUACAGGCAAACAUGUUGUGGAACUUGAUGACUAUUAUGAUAAUGAUCUGGUAGCUGCUGUGAACCCUGGGAUAAGCCAAGAGGCUCAUGACAAGGAGGAAAGAAUUCCACUAAGGAAGAAACCAACAACUAGCAAGCUGGCUGCUAGUGUUCCUGAUGUGCCCAUAGACAAUAUUUCCUUCCAUUCAAAUUCAAAUGUCAACAGGUGGAAAUAUGUCCACCAAAAGAGACUGGCCCUUGAGAGAGAAUUAGCUCAGAAUGCCCUUGACUGCAAAGAUAUAAUGGAUCUGAUUCAUGCUGCUGGGUUGAUGAAGACUGUUUCUCACUUUGCCACAUGCUAUGAAGUGCUGGUGAAAGAAUUCAUUGUGAACUUCUCAGAAGAAUGUGCUGAUAGAAAGUCUAAGUCUGAUGAAGCUCAACCUGAGCUGGAAGUCUCUGAUAACAAGGUAUGCCAAGUCAUCACUACCAACCAAGUCAAGAACUGGCCUUUAAAAGGAAAGUUGUCUGCCAGUAAGCUAAGCAUGAAGUAUGCCAUGUUGCACAAGAUUGGUGCUGCAAAUUGGGUGCCUACCAAUCAUAAAUCUACCAUUGCUACUGUCCUAGGAAGGUUUAUCUAUGUCGUGGGAACAACAGCCAAGUUUGAUUAUGGCAUUUUGGUUGAAACUGACUCUAUAUGCAAAAGGGAAAGUGUUCUUUCAUUUCAUUAUAAGUUGUUCCAAGGAACCCAUGCUCCUGGCAUUGUCAUGACAUCAGCUCGAACAUCCAAAGACAGCACACCUACAGGUAAAGCUGUUGUGAUUGCAAUACUCAAGGAAACAUGCAAGGAGCUGGAGUCCAGAAAGCUGACUCUUGAAAAGUUAAUCAUCUCUCUUGAGAUGGAAGAAGGUGUUGCGUUUGUUGAGAAUGAAUCAGGUCCUAAAGAAGAUGAUAAGGAAGAAGAGGCCAGUCAAGAUGAUGGCACAGAAGAAGAAGAUGGUGUUGGCUCCAAUAGCUCUAAGUCUGAGGACUAG